AUGUUGCUAAGCCUUUCUCUGCUGCUGACCCAGCAAUUCUAUCACAGGGUUCUUGGGAAGCCAAUUUUAAAGGAUGAAGUUCAUGGCGUCUCCUGUGAUGCCAGUGUCUCUUCCCUCAUGUGGUACUUGAAUGGUGUAAAGCAGGAGGCAGGGCUUGGCAGAGAGCCCCCAUUUAUGCUACCGGUAGCCCCCGGGAGUAGCAGCAGUCUGUCCCUUGCGGAGGUGGUUGGAGAACACUGUAAUGAUACCAGAGGCAAAGAUGAAGAGCUGCUGAGCAUCCAUUUCCCACCCGACUCUCCAGUUAGUAGACACCAUCUCUCUGGAUUAUCCCUCAUACUUCUGCUGGUGAUCCAAAGUCAGCCUCCCUCCGGCUUUGCCCUUCGAGAUCAAGAUGGACGAUUCUUCAGCAAUUCUUCUCGUUUUCUCCUGUUGGACACCCGCAGUAUAGAUGUCAACGGUAGCCUGAGGGUAAAAGUCAGCACCAAGGAAAGUGGAAUCAGUCAGACAUCUGUUGCAGGAUCUACAUGGGAUCUCCUGUCUAUCAGGGUAGAGAUCCCGCUGCUGCUCCUGAUUGUGACCGGUUCUGCACUGAUUGCUGGGAUUCUUCUGGUUAAUGUCCUCGUCUGUUGCCUUGUGCUUAAAAAGAAGAGAAGCAAAUAUGAUGUGGGAAACCAACUAACACUAAGCGUUUCCAAUAACAUGAAGCUCAAUAACAGCUGUCUGCCCCGGGAGCACAUGUCCUUGCCAUCCAACCUGCAACUCAAUGACCUCCGACCUCAGAGAAAAGGGUCAGAAAAUUCUACAUGUGCCACACAGGAGGACGUGUCCGCGCCCAGUGGGACGACGAAUGAGUCAUGGUUUGAUCGAAUUCCCCUAGUGGGCUAUAUCUAUAAAGCAUCAAGUGUAAGCAGUGAAGAGAUCUGGCUGUAAUCUGAUAUAACAUGACUUUCCUACAUGAGAAAUUUGACCGAUCAGUGGAUGAUACAUCGCAUCAACCAUUCAGCCUAAAUCCACGCUAAAUAUGCACUUCCUAUAC